GUGGUGCUCAGCUUUAUAUGUCCUCGUCUACAAGGGAGGUUAUAAACUACAGCCGUACCCCAAUUCAUCUUGAAUCCCAUCUCUCGGCUCUCAUAACAGGGGUCUGAUUCUCUCAGUGAGGGGCAAUUCACUCACUCACUCACCCCACCAUCCCCUCCAUUAACGCCCAUCAUCAUGGGCAAACGUGUAUGCAUCGUCGGCGCCGGCCCCUCCGGCCUCGUCGCCGCAAAGACCCUCCUUCACAACGCACCAAAGGGCGCCUUUGACGUGACAAUCUUCGACGCCCAACGACGCAUUGGCGGCCUUUGGCCCACGCGUCGCGAAGACGUCGACGGCCUCGUCCACCCCCUCAUGCUCGCCAACCAGAGCAAGCACACCGUGCAGUUCAGCGACCUCGCCUGGGCCCCCGAGGACCCGGACUUCCCCCGCGCGUGGAUGGUCGGCCGGUACCUAGAACGCUACCUCGAGCACUACCUCAAGAGCACCGAUGCUGUCGCCGCCGCCGCCGCCAACGUGAAGCUCGGCCACCGCGUAGUCGAGACGGAGCUCUCCCCGAACGACGGCUCGUGGACCGUCACCGUCGAGAGCGACGCCGGCGGGAGAGAGACGAGCGUGUUUGACUACCUGCUCGUAUCCUCCGGCUACUUUGGCAAGCCUAUCGUGCCGGACGUCGUCUCUGGCGGUACCGGCACGGAGAUCCCCGUGGUUCACAGCAGCAAGUACCGCGAUCUUCAGACCCUGUUCCCAGACGGCGUGAAGAACGGUGGCAAGAUCCUGGUCGUGGGAGGGCAGAUGUCGGGCGUCGAGAUCGCGGGGACCAUUGCCACGCACAUUUCCUGCGCCGUCAACGCGCCGGACCCGAGCCCUGUGCCGAAUGCGGAGAAGCUCACGGUCGAGCAUCUCACCCAGCGUCCGACGUGGGUGUUCCCCCUCCACACCACACCAAAACCCGGCGCAACAGCAGCCCCCUUCCUCCCCCUAGACUUCCCAUCCUAUAAUCUCAGCAACCGCCCCCAACCCCUCGAGAACAGCCAAGGCCACAUCACUCCAGACGCCGCACGCCUAACCCACGGCAUCUACACAACCUCCCUGGGCCAAGACCAAUCCGACUUCUCCCCCUCCGUCGCCGUAACCCCCAAACACCACUCGGACCCAGCCUACCUUGCCGUCUCUGAGAACUACAUGGAAUUCGUCCGCGCCGGCCUCAUCAAUAUCACGACCGGCAAACUCGACUCCGUCACCGGCACAACCGCAAAGAACACAACCCCUUCCUCCUCCUCCACCGCCCCAGACAUCGAAAACAUCGCAGCCGUCAUCCUCGCAACAGGCUUCGACCCCUCCCCCUGCCUCUCCUUCCUCCCCUCCUCCGUUCUCACAACCCUAAACCACUCUCCCUCUCACCCCUCCCUCCCCCUCGCCCUCGCCUUCCACGGAACCCACGUCAAAGACCUCCCGACCCUCGGUUUCGUAGGCUUCUACAGAUCCCCCUACUGGGGCGUAAUGGAAAUGCAAGCCCGCUUCCUCUCCGCCCUCUGGACACCAACCUCCAUCAGCCCGCGCCCACCGUCCCCCAACGAAGCCCUCCUAGACGACGCCUCAGACUGGCGCACCGUCUCCCUCCGCGACGACCCCCGCGCCUCCCAGUUUCCAAUGGGCGACUACGCCUACCUAAUGUGCCAAUUCUCCCUCGCCCUCUCCAUCCCAAUCUCCCCACCCGCCUCACCGCUCACCCCAGCCCUCCCUCACAACAACAAACCAAUGGACAUCCUCACCCCAGCCCGCUACCUCUCCCCCCUCGCCUCCGAAUCCGCCAAAGCAGAAGCCGAAACCUCCCUAGCACAAACAAACACCACCGCAAUCGCAGGCCUAACGACAUCCCGCUUCGUCCCCCGCGCCGUCUUCCGCAGCUUACUAGGAACAUGGAACCUCGAACGCGAUCUCACGAGCAGAUUACCAAGCCACCCCAGCGGUCACUUCAGCGGCACAGCACAAUUCCUCCUCCGCAACAAGACCACCGAUGGCCUCAAGUGCGCCGCCAGCACUUCCAACCCCGAGGAAAACUCCACAGACACCGACGACGGCGCCCUGGCAACGGAAUACCUCUACAUCGAAGACGGCGAAUUCCGUGCCUCCAACGGCCUCGUCUUCCGCGCAACCCGCCGUUACGUCUGGCGCUACGACGAGAAGAAAGACACCAUAAGCGUGUGGUUCGCAAAAGUCAACGAGCCCAAGAAGGCAGAUUACCUCUUCCACGAGAUCGAAUUCGAGGGCCCACCACAAGAUGACCAGAAGCCUUGGCAGGCAAAGGCUGGGCACCUCUGCAUUGACGAUUAUUAUGAUGUCAAGUACGAUUUCGCAUUCAAGGCUGUGAACCUCAAGGAGUGGAAUAUCAAGUAUACUGUGAAUGGGCCGCAGAAAGAUUACACGAUACAUGGCAUCUAUAGACGAUAGAAAUCUCAAUGAGCAGAAGAUGAAUAAAGCGGGAUCUUGGGUUUUACGGGAGAUAUUCAAGCCAGUUCACCGUAUUUAAUGAGCGAAGCGGAAGUGUAGGUUGAAGGGGUAGCUGCUACCUCAGUAGUCGUCAGCAUGAUUCUUGUACGUCUAAGCAUUUCUGUAUCUCCUACUUUUCUAAUUCCUGCAUUCGUGUAUCAUUCGCUGUCUGCUAGCAUGGCUGAAUCCAGCGAAGCCCAGUAUGCAAUCUCGCUAUUCCACGCCAAGGCUCAAUAAGGCCCUUAUAUAUGAACUCUUUGGUCCGCGGCACUAGAGAUGUACCAGCCUCUCUCGAUAUCAGCGUUCAGGACAUGCUGUCCUGUGCUGCCCUAGGUCAUACCCUGGGUCUGUGGCGAAUUCCAGUCCGCCUAUAGCAUCGUU